AUGGAAAUGGCUACGACUUCUCCCAGGGCAUUGAAGAAGCUCGUCCUCGAGCGAGGAUUGUCAGGAAUGUUUCCGUAUCAGGUUCGUGAUGAUUACGUUGGGACGUUCGACGGACACUACAAUGAAAGGACCUUUCCAAUGGUGGCAGUCUUACGAGCGAUUCGGUUACCGACCUCCACAAUGGUGUUGUGGAGAGGCUUGAGUGUCGGUCGCGGACGUGGCUUUGGACAAUCGCGGGUGCGAGAGGGUGGAGAGGCGAGAUGGUUUGAGGCUAUUGCCAGCCCAAAUGGACUUCAGAAGGAUGAAGAUAAAAUGUCGUCUUUCGGUCGCGCAAACAAUGGAACUCCGUAUCCAUCUCCAACUCCUUCGAAUUGGUCGCCGGAGUCACCGGAUUGGAGUAAUGCUGUAUCCCCAGGCUGGAGAAGUGUUUCUCCAGGUUCGCAGUACUCAUCCGUAAGUGAGAUGGAGGAAAUAUUGCGCCUGAGGGCAACAAUUGAGAGCCAAGCAAAUCAGAUACGCGUGCUGGAGGAGACAGUGCGUGCAUUGGAGGAAGAAGUGUCAACCCGCGCGGAACGCGAAGCUGGCAUGGAAAGGAUGCUGGAGGGAACUUUGCAGAAGGAAUAUGAGACUGCCUUGGAGCACGAAGGGGUUGUGGAAGAAUACGAAGCGCGUCUGAAAGCCCGAGAAGACAUAAUCGUCUCUCUUAGGAAGGAGAGUGGCUGGAUGGUAGAUGACUUGCGAAGAGCUCGAUGCUUUCUCCCGCUCAAGAGGGUGAACCCGAUGGAAAACGUGUUCCGGCAAUCCCAGGAGGACGAACUCCUCCUGGCCUAUUUAUCCCGGUCAAUUGUGGAGAAAUCCACCAUUGAGAUUCAGCGGGAUGGUAGAGCGUUUUUGACGCUUCAAAUGGUCGACAACACGACCAUUAGUGGUCUAAUGGAGAGGAACGACGGAACCCCAUACAACUGGGAAGAAAUCGACGACGAUAAUGUUUGGAGAGGGGAUAGGCCGGGAUUGAAACUCCAAUUAGGGCAUAUUACCAUCAUAAACCUAGGAGGAUUUCUGCAUAUGCCUCCGAGGAUGGCUGCGCUGCUGAAGCGCAGCGUUGAAAGCAUCAGCGGCAUUUAUUUCGUCAACCUUCUAGGGCUCGACACGGUCAUCCGGGCUCUGGAUGGCGCCAAUAAACCGUGGAGGAAUAUGUAG